AUGGCCGAUCCGGAUUCGCCGACAAAUCAUUUAUCGCCAGUCGAUGAUGAACCACAAACAUUAUCACACCAACAAGAUAUUCAAGAACAUGAUCAACAGCAAGAAUCAUCAGCAAAUAAUGACUGGCCAUGGGCAACUGAUGAUCAACAGCAGCAGAAUGCAAUUGAUUCAAGCGGUCUCAUGCAUUUAAUUGCUACUGGUGGAGGUGCAGAUGUUGCAGAUAAUACGAAUGAUGAACCAGUUGUUAAUGUACCUACAGAUGAGGAAUCUCAUCAGGAACCAGCAGAGGAAAUAUCCGAGCAAUUACCGGAAGAAAACAUAUCCGAUCAACAAGAAGAUCUUAAUCAAGAACUUGAACAUCCGCAAGAACAUGAACAUCAAAUCGAGCAUGAAAAUCCUCAAGAACUAGAAAAUCAACAAGAUCAUGUGCUCGAGGAGACCCAUGAGCUCGAACCACAUCAUGUACUAGAACAGCAACAUGUCUUAGAACAACAAGAUGAGCUCGAGGAUCAACAUCAUGAACUUGAUCAACAACAAGUACUAGAGCAGCAACAUGUCCUCGAACAACAGCAUGUCUUAGAUCAACAACAUGAGCUCGCACAAGAUCAUGAACUUGAGCGAGAUCAUGGACUUGAACAAGAAGAUGAACUUGACCAUGACCCUGAACCAGAGCAUGAGGAGCAACAAGAACAGCAACAGUUACCUCUUGUUCAGUCAUCCUCGAUAGCACUUCCAAUGGAAACAGAUCAACCCGCAAUAUCAGCUGAUGAUAUACAACAAUCCCAGUCUACAACUAAAUCUAAACAUGAUAUUGCAGAGAUCCAUCGUGAUAUGCUAAAUCUUAUACCUAUUCCCCAAGCAUGGUCACACAUCCGACAUCAAUCAGGCCUUUUUUCGUAUCCUGAUCUACCACAUUUUAAUGUUAUACGACAAGCUACAUUUCGUGAAGGUCGUUUCGUUUGUCCAUUUUGUACAGUUGACUUUGCAUCCAAAGAAGGCAUACGUUACCAUUUAUAUAAUUCCUGUACCAAAUCUCCAUAUCCAAAAGCUUUCUUCCGUUGCCUAAUGUGUGGAAGUGAAUUAGCUGAUCGAAGUUCAUUGCGGACUCAUUUAGCUCGACAUGGUGCUGAAGACGGUGGAACUGUUUCUGCCGAUAAAAUUGAUGUGUCACGAAAACCUGCGAUUACUACGCCGGGCGGAACGGCAGGUUCGAAGAAAUCGAAAAAGAAGAAGAAAAACUCCAAUGACGCAACUCCUCCACAAAUGAUCAAUCCAAUGCUUGCGAUGACAUCCGGCGUAUCACCUCGUGGAAUCGAUACUUACAAUCUUCCACCAACCAUGAUCAACCAAACAAUGUCUUUACCGAUAAUUAAAUCUGAUUUGAAUGAUUCAGAUCCAAAACGUAAACGUGGUCGUCCACCAAAAACUAAAUCUGAUGGACCAACAUCAGUCGCUCCAUAUACUAAGCAUCCACAAAUGAACCCUGUUGGAUUAACAUUAACUCCGACAAUCAACAAUAAUCAAGUUAUUUUGAAUGAGCAACAUAUGAAAAAUGAUCCACAAAAAGCUGUUUCGAUGCGAUCUCCACGUGGUAUCGAUAUCAGCAGUGAAUUAUCCGAACUAGCUCGAUCUCGAAUGCGAGAACAUAUUGAAUUUGCGACCGAUUCGCUAUUGCCUGAACAAGAGCAAGAAAUCAAUAAUCGUAUACGCACAGAAGGUUUUGUACAAUGUCAUCGUUGUCGAGGCAAAACUCAGUUCGCAGCAUUGAAAAAAUUGAAGGAACAUCUCAAAACUGAUUGUCCAUUAGGUCCCGUUAUGGCCAUAUGUAAAUUUUGUGGUACACCAUUUUCAUCUGUGAGCAGUGUUUGUGAUCACCUUGAACUUUACCAUGAUGAUUCACAUGAUAUGUGUCCAGAGGAUCCGUGUCGUAUCAAUGAUCGAGCUUUUCGUGCGGCAUUUGCGCGUUAUAAAUUUCCGAUGAAUGGACGUAUAUCAUUUUCUGCAGCAACAACUACCAUAGGACAGCUCAUACCUGAAAAUGAAUCGGCUGCGUGUCUGAGCAAUGGCGCCAGCUGUUUACGUGUUCGAAUGCUUUCAUGCGAUCGAUUUUUGAAUCCAUUGGAUAGUUUUGCAGCGUCACAUGUUAUUGUUCUUAACGUUGGUCGUCCCAUACGUUGCGUCGAAUGGUUGCCACGUGCUGUUGACGUUGUUGGAAGUCAAUACGUUGCCUUAGCACUGGAACAAUGGUCGUAUGACAAUGCUAAUCAAUUGCAUGGAAGUUACAAUGCAACAAAUCCUGAUCGUCGUUCACCACCUGGCUCAACCCUGCUAUUGAUUCUUAAUUGUGGACGUCUAAGACAAAGCCUACAUGUGCCUAAUUUACAUGUUACUGUUGCUGCGGAUUUCGGUCAAGUAACCUGCUUGAAAUGGUUACCGGAACGACCAACUAUCAAUGAUCCAUAUUUGAGUUAUUUAGCAAUUGGUACAAGUCAAGGAAUUGUUAUUAUAUUUGGUGUACCGCAUGGCGCGUCGAGAAAUCUCUGUACGAUAAGUAGUGGUGCUCAACUUGUGCCACCGUUGAACCGACGUAAAGAUGGUAGUAUUGGUUGUGCAGAGUACGGUUCAUGUACAGCACUUGACUGGUGUUAUGAAAAUCCGAAUAAACUAUGCGCAGGUUAUGAAAAUGGAAUCGUACUUAUGUGGGAAGUGAAUUCGAAAUCACUCGUUGAACAGACGACGAAUUGUUCAUUGAUAUAUCCUGUCAGAAGAUUCUUUGUUGAAGAUGCGCUAAUACAAGAUGUGAAGUUUCUAAGAAAUUCCGAACAUUUAAUUGCUGUUAGUUUGAAAAAUAAACAAUCUUGGACAGUAUGGACUACACGAGAUGAGAAUAUCUUUUCCUAUCGACAUUGGUCGAAUGCGAGCGAAUUUGCUACAUCAACUUUUAAUGAUACAUUGUACACUGGUUGUACACAUGCCAAUAAUCAAAAUGAACUACUUUCUGUACCAAUGCAUUCGAUCUUGUUACCCGGACAAAAUGCCUCCAAUCAUCUACAAGCAUCGAUGUUAUCAGCAUGGCAAAUUGUUAGUUUAGAUUAUUCAGAAUGGAUUGAUUCUGUGGCUUAUGCUGAUCUUGAUGGUACUGUGUGGGUAGCACGUGGUGAUACAUCAACAUGGCCACAAGGCAAUCCGAAAUUUCGACCAAGCUCUUGCGUGGCAAAACUAUCCACUUACCUAACGAAUACAGGUGGAGCAACAUCAGGUAAUCUUGCAGAUCCUGUUGGUAUGCAAUAUAACCAAGGUCAAUCAGCGUGUGGUAAUCCAACUGGUCAAUAUUGUGUACAAAUAUCCAUCGAACGAACAGAAUAUGGAGGUGCAAAUGUUGAUCCACAACAUGAUGAAACUCACAAAGUGCAUACAUAUCGAAAGAUUCGAUUUAAUCCAAAUCCGGGUACACAUGGUUGGAUUGCAUCAGCUGACAAAGUUGGUCUAUUUCUCUUAUUUCGAUUAUCGACAUCGGAUUCUCCUCUUUCGGAAAAACUAACUCAACGCCUUCAACGUGUGCAAGUUUUGUGA